AUGGAGGAGGUCUUGUCGCGGGGUUCUGAUCCGACUCAAACCAGUGCCGCAUGCAGGGCCAAAUCGACGCCAUCGACCACGGCCAGGAACAGCUCUGCUCAGAUUGGAUGGAGACAGCUACAGACACCAGCCAGGGAGCUGUUGAGUGGGGCACACCUCCCCACCCGCAGCAGUGGCGCCAGCCCCAGACCUGAACCAACAGCAGCGGCAUCAGCGCCGUUUGGGUCCGACCAAACAGAAACGUGCACUCCGAGUCGUUUCUCAACUCCCGCCGCGUCUUCACUGCACAAAAAAGCCGUUUUCGCGAUGCUGCUUUUAUUGUCGAUAGAUUGUUCUCCCCUUAACAAGCCGCCUCCUCCUCUUCCUCCUGCUCGACCGCGUGCCCGCCCCUGCUUGUUGACAAUGCUGUGCGAGCUUCAGGCUAAAAACGCGCCCAAGGAAUGGAUGGAUUCCGAGCUUCGCAGGAGCUUGGGAAGGGACGCGGCAGACCCCGCUACCGCCGCCGCCGGUGGCCCCAAGCCGCGCGGCAGGCCCCCCAAGGGAGCCGCGGCCAAGGCCCGCAAGAGCGCCGCCGCUGCUGCGGAAGCUGAGGACGAGGAGCCCGCCAGCGGCGAGGCCGAGGACGCCGAUGCCGAUGACGAUGCCGAGGCGGAGCAGGACGAUGAGCUUGACGACGGUAAGUCCUAA